AUUAUAGAUAAAAACAUAUCAACACACAACUUCCAGCACUUAUGACACUGUUUCCUGCUUGUUUCAGCGUUACAGGACUUGACAGUAGUGACCCUGGUGUGUUGUACGGUCUUUUAUUUGCAUGCUCAAAUACACGCUUUUUGCUGUUGCGCGUCUGACCAAAUGGCUCGGACGAGCUCGUACCCCUCGCGCUUUUGGGACUAAGCAGCGCAAGCAUCACGACUCCACUUUCAUUUCCUCUUGUUCCUGGAACGAAUAGAAUUUUUUUCGACUUUCCCGAGAGAGAACCGGUUCCGUGCUGCCAGUUUCAGAACGCAGAGUCUUGUUUUCACCAGUUUGAGUGCACCAGAAUUCCCAAACCAUGUGGAGCCCACAAGAGGCAGAUUUCGGCCAGUUUGGCCAGGUGACGGCCCGCAUGGAGACCACCCCAGGCUUCGUGACCCCCAGCAUCUCUGUCUCCCAGCAGCAGAUGCCGAAGAAGUUUGCGCCGGUGGUUGCCCCCAAGCCCAAGUUUAACCCGUACAAGCAGCUCGGUGAGACGGCACAUCUGGGAGCAGCAGGUGACUACCCGCCCCCGCCGCCCCCCGCGGAGGACCCGGACAGCCUCCCGUCUCCGCCCGGAGGUUUCGCUCUGCCCCCGCCGCCCGCCGACGGCGCCUCCUUCAGCGUGCAGGUGUGGGAUCCCCUUCCCGAAAGCCCUUCAAAGGUUAAGGGUCCGGAGAAGACUCUGGAAGAGCGGCGCUCCAGCCUUGAUGCCGAGAUCGACUCGCUCACUAGCAUCUUGGCUGAUCUGGAGAACAGCUCGCCGUACAAGCCCCGGGCCCAGCAGAACUACGGGGUCUCUUCUGCGACCAGCCCCACUUCGGCUCCUCCGGUAAUUAGCCACAAGAGCAUGGUGAUUCCCACCCAGCCCCCCCUGACAGCGACCAAGAAGUCCACAGCCAAGCCCCAGGGCCCAACAGGCGCUCAGCCCGCUGCAGUCCCGAGCAGCGUGGGCAAAGCCCAGCCCCAGGCCCAGGCCCAGCCCCAGGCCCAGCCUCAAGCCCAGCCUCAGCCCCAGUUUCAGCCCCAAUACCAAUACCAGCACCCUCCCCAAGCCCAGCACCAGCCCCAGCCAAUCCCGGCUUCUUAUACCACUGCUUCCACUCCCAGCCGUCCAGCCUUCAAUGUUCAAGUGAAGACAGCCCAACCCAGUCCCCACUACAUACCCCCAGGUCCGCCUCAGUACCCACAGCAGCCCGCCCGCUCCCCGGCCCCCCCUCCUGCCCAAGGGCUGUAUGUGGCCGGCCAGCCCCGUGGCACCCCUGACUAUGCCUAUGGGCCCCCUCAGCCAGGGUAUGCCCCCCAGCCCCCGAGGGGCUAUCCGGACCAGCACUACCCCGGGGGGGCAGGUCACGGGCCGUCUUACGGGGCUCAGAACGCCUGGAGGCCAGAGUCCAGCUACCUACCUGCCCCAGGUGGCCAGAGCAAGAAGACGUACAUCACGGACCCCCCACCGGCACCGGGGCCCUCCCCUGCGACCCAGUUUGGUUCCGGUCCUGGGGCUCAACAAAAGGGUGCUGCCCCGGAGGAUGAGCUCGAGCGCCUCACCAAGAAGAUGCUCUAUGAUAUGGAGCACCCGCCUUCUGAGGAGUACUUUGGCCGCUGCUCCUCCUGCGGGGAGAACGUGGUGGGCGAGGGCACCGGCUGCACUGCCAUGGACCAGGUCUUCCAUGUGGACUGCUUUGUGUGCAUGACCUGCGGUUCCAAGCUACGCGGGAAGCCCUUCUACGCCAUGGAAAAGAAAGCCUACUGUGAGCCCUGCUACAUUAACACUCUGGAGACGUGCAACGUGUGCGCCCAGCCCAUCAUGGAACGCAUCCUGCGGGCCACGGGGAAGGCCUACCACCCGCACUGCUUCAGCUGCGUGGUGUGCCACCGCAGCCUGGACGGCAUCCCCUUCACCGUGGAUGCCUCCAACAACAUCCACUGCAUCGAGGACUUCCACAAGAAGUACGCUCCUCGCUGCUCCGUGUGUACGGAGCCCAUCAUGCCAGCCCCGGGCCAGGAGGAGACCGUGCGAAUCGUGGCCCUCGAGCGUGACUUCCAUGUGCAGUGCUACCGCUGUGAGGACUGCAGAACCCUGCUGUCCGAGGGGGACAAUCAGGGUUGCUACCCCCUGGAUGGCCACGUCCUCUGCAAGAACUGCAACGCCGCUCGGAUCCAGGCCCUCACCGCCAAGGCGACGACUGACCUCUGAGGGCCGCCCUCCCGUCGCGUCCUUCGCGCACCUCGUGCGCCACGCAGCCUAUAACCCUCACUGCAACGCUCCGGCUGCCACCGCUUUCCCGUACCUUGCUGUGUAGAACGUACGGCGUACGGAGUACUUUGCUCUUUUCCCAGACCUUGUCGGGUCAAGCCUAUAACUUGCUGGACACCGUACCGUGUGUCCUGUGCCCUGUAAUGCAAAGCCCGCAACUCACUGUACACUCUGUAUCUUACAGUCAGUAACCAGCACUAUAGCAGACAAAACUCUGCACUCGACGCCUCGUUACCCCGUACUCCUGCAACACGUAAAAUACCCCGUACGUUUUACACCCCGUACAGUUUCGCUCAUCCCCACAUUCCUUCGCUCGCCGGGAGGGCGUUGUUGUCCUCGGCGAUGUCCACAAGCGCGCCCUCCCGACUAACCUGAGCUCCUCCUACAAAGCAGGGGUAAAGGUUGAGGCCUUUGUAGACCAAUCGUGUGUGUGUGUGUGUGUGUGUGUGUGUGUGUGUGAGAGUAAGAGAAAGACAGUUUGCACUCACAACUUGACUAAAGAAGAUCCUGAAAUUUUACCGUAGUGCUUUCCCAUUCCUGAUGGGUGCCUGCCAGGGGUGUGCACAUCCACUUGGCGCUAUGGGGGGGGUUUGGUUGGUAAGAAGAGAAAAUGACUGUGCUUACUAUGCAUUUUGAAUUAUUAUUAGUAUUAAUAACACUGUUAUUCAUACUAUUAUAACCCUUAUUAUUCUUAUUGUUUUUCGUAGAAAAUGUAUUGUUAAAUUUGCACACCUGUGCUUAAGUUUAGCUUUGUAAUUGCUUUACACAAUCAGCCAAUUUCUCCACUAAUAGGCGGAGACAUUUCUUCUUAGUUUAGGUAUCCAUUAUGAAUUGUUACGAAAUACUGGUAGUUACACUGAAGAAAAGAAAAAACGAAGUGUCAUUUUGCAGACAGAACAUGGGUACUAUUGGUGACGAAAAAUUGAAGCUGUAGUUAAUUAGCGGUUAAAUGCGCUUUUACAUCUUCUUAUGAAUAUAAUAUCAACAUCUUUGUUAGUCUUAGUGUACAUGAGCGAUGUAAUUGCUUGCAGCUGUUUUUUUGUAAAUAAGUGAAAGGAACGGAGAGCUGCGUUUUGAAUGUGAAACUUUUUAAUGCUAUAACUAUGUAAUUACCACCUCUGUCACAACUUAUAAAGAUGGACGGAGGCAUUUGUUGAUAUGCGUUCACAUCCGUGAUGGAUACCUAAAUGGAAAUGUUACCUUUUAGUCGCCAGUCCGCUUGCUGUUCCCCCCCCCCCCCCCCCCCCCCCGUUUCCCUUGACUUGUAAAUGUCUUUCACUGAGAACAGCCCUAGAACAGCUCUUUGUCCUCAGUGGAAGAGCUCUGCCACGAGGAUAUGAAAGAUAAUUUCAGGUCACCGAAUCGCUUUGAACUCUAGCGUCAACUUAUAUAUAACAUAGUUCACCUUUAUGUUGCCCGAGAGUGAGCGGGAGAGAUUUGAUGCGGAACGAGUAUCGGUGCAUUUGCAGAUAAUCCAAAGACACACGAUUGACCAAAGAUUGCACUUGAUUUCUUGAAGCAUCGAAUAUCGAGUAUGUAUAUAGACAACUGAUGACAUAUGCAAUAGAGACAUACAUAGGUUGUUGCAAUAUCCAGCUGCAAAAACCACCUAGAUAGGACAGCGCCGUAUUGUUUGCGUGCGCGCGCAGGUCGGGAUGCCGAACGAACGUCCGCUCGGCGUACCGGUACUUUCGCGGCGCUCGAUCCGCGACUCGCUGCGCGUUUCAACGUCGUCUCUUCCCCCUCGCUUCGAUUCCUCGCGUUUGCUUACUUUGCUGCGCCGAAAAGAUGCACGAAACAAUAACGACGGUAAAAUCGUUAGCUGGCAUUCCAUACGGUAGAGAGAAAGAAGUGAAACGCGUUGUUCGGACCUCUGAAACGCGGGGCCCCCGAAGGUGUCGCCCUCAUUCUUCCCGCUUUCCUUUCCUACGUUCUUCCUCGUUCUUUACAACAGCUUUGAGAACCCUCUUUUCCGGAGCCUUCCUCAAACAGAUCUAGACCGAGAACAAAAAUCGAGGGGCUCUUUCGGCCGGGUACGCGCCGCACAAACUGCUGCCUUUUUCCCCUGUGUGUUACUUUAAGAACUUCUGUUCAAUUACGCAAUAUUUAAGGGUCCAAGUCAUUAAGAGCGUAAAUAAAGCGCACGAGUGCGCUGAGGCUCCCUGCCACCGACGCCGAUAUGGAGGAGCGAUGAGCACUUGGAGCCUCGCUCACUAGUAAUACUCAGGACUUUGCAUUUCCUUCAUUCCCCUCCGCGACGAUUUCACGGACCCGGGAAAUUCGGGCCCGUCUUCGCAGACGAGGUGCCUUCGUAAAUAAGUUUGUUUGAGGUGACUGCCCGCGGUCAGCUGCACGCACCCUGAUGGACGGACGUCGGCGCGUAAAGUACGCCGUGUAAACGGUUUCGGCGUCGCGGCCUUAGCUCCCCGUUCGAAAAUAACGGCGUGUUCACGGUGCGCUCGGAGCGCUCGUGUUCUUUCUCGCGCCCCGUAUAAAAGGGGGGAACCUUUAAAGGAAGUUGCUCAGUUUUAUGUAAACGUCAUUCGAUGUUUCUUCCUUCCUUCGUAGCUUUUUAUAAACACGGUAAAGUUGUCUUCUAGCAAAGUGCCUUCGGUCCCCGUCGAACGUAUCUGCGGCCGGUGCCGUCGAGGCUCCCCGCGCCAAGCGAGCGGCGAGCGACGCGACGCUACGUGCGCGUAAAGCCCCUAACGGCAGGGAGCAGGGGUUCGACCCGUCGCCCGUUUCCCUCUUAGCACGUCAGUAUUCCCUUUGCGUUUGCGUUCGAGACACGAAGCGGUACUCUUCCGUCCCCGUUUUCCCCUCUUCGCUCGUCACAGUUAUCGCUCUCUCUUUUUCCACCUCUCCCCUCGUUCCGGAGCACACGCGCAGCUCCCUUCAGCCUGUUUUUUCCACUUUGCACAACAUUGCCCACCUGCCGGCUGCUGCCGUAGCCCCGCUCGGGUGCGAUGGGGCUAAUCCCGGAACGCGCCGGUCUCGGUCCCGGCCUCUUCCUCCACACGCUUCCGGUGUUCUUCCGGUCCUUGCGGUGCCGCGUCAGAAACGCCCCUAUGAACUUGUCAUCUGUGUGUCCCCUUUUCCUGCUCUAAUAAAGGCAAACUUUGAAAUGGACUUGUGUGUGUGUGCGUGUGUCUCUGUCCCUUUCCGUUCCUCCGUUGA